GGCUCAACAGGUGCCAAAUCGUGUCUGUCCUACCAAUGGUUUCUGCUAAAAGUGGGCACACAGUGCUGCUUAGAAGCGAUGGCGUUGCUGUGGCUUGCGGAGACAAUAGUUUUGGACAGUGCAACAUUCCACGUUUGGAAGAUGGAAUGACAUUCACCCAGGUUUCUGCAGGCAUGGAUCACACAGUGCUGCUUAGAAGCGAUGGCGUUGCUGUGGCUUGCGGAGCAAAUAGUUUUGGACAUUGCAACAUUCCACUUUUGGAGGACGGAAUGACAUUCACCCAGGUUUCUGCAGGCAAGUAUCACACAGUGCUGCUUAGAAGCGAUGGUGUUGCUGUGGCUUGCGGAGGGAAUAGGUUUGGACAAUGCGACAUUCCACGUUUGGAGGACGGAAUGACAUACAUCAAGGUUUCUGCAGGCAUGGAUCACUCAGUGCUGCUUGGAAGCGAUGGCGUUGCUGUGGCUUGCGGAGGGAAUAGUUGUGGACAAUGCAACAUUCCAUGUUUGGAGGACGGAAUGACAUACACCCAGGUUUCUGCAGGCAUGUAUCACACAGUGCUGCUUAGAAGCGAUGGCGUUGCUAUGGCUUGCGGAGGGAAUAGUUUUAGACAAUGCAACAUUCCACAUUUGGAGGACAGAAUGACAUACACCCAGGUUUCUGCUGCAAGCAUGCACACAGUACUUCUAAGAAGUGAUGGUGUUGCUGUGGCAUGUGGAUUUAAUUUGGUUGGACAAUGCAACAUUCCACCCUCUGAUCCAGGGACUUGGUACGCUGCAGAUGUGUCAGUUGGUAGCAACCUCGUGUUGCAACUGGAUUGUGCUUUUCAAGAUGAUACUAUGCUGCUGACUUUUUCUGGCUUGACUGGGGAUGAAGUGAUGCACUUGAAUGCAAGUCCAUUUGAGCCUGCCUGGAACACUCACAAGCGCGUUGCUAGUGAAUUGAAGGUUCCACUCCAAAGUCUUCGAGUGGUUUUGCCCGAUGGACAGUUGUUGGCCUCAGCCUGCCGUGCAAACCCAGGAGCCGGCCUUGCAGAUGUCGUUGAAACUCACAAGCAUCGGCGUCUCACCUAGUUUCGGAGCAGAACUGGAUUGAAAAA